GUCACUGUGGUCAUGGGAGCCAAAGCAUUCCAUGACAUCCGCUUGGAGAGAAAGCAGGUGCAGAAGAUCAUUAUUCACAAAGAUUACAGGCCACCCCAGCUGGACAGUGACCUCGCCCUGCUUCUGCUGGCCACACCGGUACAGUUCACUCACUUCAAAAUGCCCGUCUGCCUGCAGGGGAAGGAGGCGCCCUGGGACCGUUGUUGGAUGGCAGAGUGGGUAUCAGCUUAUGGGUAUGGCAUGUCUAGUAGCCAGAACAUGCAGCUGCAGAAGCUGAGAGUGACACAGCUCAGCUGGAAAGCGUGCUCAGCAAAGGUGGAGCAGCUGUCCCAGAAGAUGCUCUGUGCCUGGCAAGAGCUGGAUACCAACGGCAACUGCAGGGGCGACAGCGGGGCACCCAUGGUGUGUGCUAACUGGGGCACCCGCAGGCUCUUCCAAGUGGGCAUCUUCAGCUGGGGCCUGACCUCGGGCUCCCGGGGGAGGCCCGGCAUGUUUGUGUCUGUGGCUCAAUUUGUUCCAUGGAUCCAAGAAGAGACACAGAAGGAAGGCAGAGCCUACAUCCUAUCUGGUAGCCCCAAGAGCUCCCUGACUUGCGGCCCUCAGGGCCUCCUAGCGCUGGGCCUAGGGUCUCAGGUGCUGCUCGCUGCCAUGCUUUCUUGA